GGAAAAGAGAGCAUAAAGGGAGAAAGAGGGAGAGUGGGUGGCAAGUUUUCCUCCUCCUCCUCCUCCUCCUCAUCCUCAUCCCAAUCCUCUCAGCUUUUCGCGAUAGUUCCUCAGCUUUAAUCCCAAUUCUCUCUUUUCUCUUUUGGCGAUUGAUUCCUUCUGCGUAUAUCCCUCGCCAAAAUUCCAUCUUGGUGUCGAGAUACGAAAGUUCCACGGUGGAUAUCCCGGGAGAACCAAAAAAGUUCCGAUUUUUCCCUCGUUUUCAUUGAGUUCUUCGGCUUGGGUGCUUGGGGUUUUGGUGGUCUAGGAGAAGAUGACGGAUUUCAAGCCGGAGGAGAUCAGCCAUCCGCCCAUGGAUCAACUCCAGGGCUUCGAGUACUGCAUCGACUCCAACCCAUCUUGGGGAGAAGCGAUUGCUUUGGGCUUUCAGCAUUAUAUACUGGCUUUGGGAACGGCGGUGAUGAUUCCCACUCUGUUGGUUCCUUUGAUGGGUGGCACUGAUGAUGAUAAGGUCAGGGUGGUUCAGACAUUGCUAUUUGUGACUGGCAUAAACACAUUGCUGCAAACCCUAUUCGGCACACGCCUUCCAACUGUUAUCGGUGGUUCUUAUGCAUUCGUGGUCCCGAUCAUCUCCAUAAUUCAUGACUCAUCCCUGACUCAGAUAUCAGAUGACCAUGAGAGGUUUCUUGAGACCAUGAGAGCCAUACAAGGAGCCUUGAUAGUCUCUUCUAGCAUUCAGAUAAUUCUUGGCUACAGCCAGUUGUGGGGUAUUUUCUCCAGGUUUUUUAGCCCGUUGGGAAUGGUUCCGGUGGUCUCGCUGGUGGGUUUUGGGCUUUUUGACAGAGGAUUCCCCGUGGUUGGGAGAUGUGUGGAGAUUGGUGUUCCCAUGCUCAUCUUGUUCAUUGCAUUCUCCCAGUAUCUGAAGCAUCUGCAAGCAAAGCGCGUGCCAGUACUGGAAAGAUUUGCACUCCUGAUUUCAAUCACCAUCAUAUGGGUCUAUGCUCACAUCCUCACGGUGAGUGGUGCAUACAGGCACCGCCCCUUGCACACCCAGAUCAACUGCCGUACCGACCGUGCCAACCUUAUCUCCUCCGCUCCUUGGAUAAAGAUCCCGUAUCCGUUGCAAUGGGGUCCGCCAAGCUUCGAUGCUGGUCAUUGUUUUGGGAUGAUUGCUGCUGUUUUAGUGUCCUUGAUUGAGUCAACCGGGGCUUACAAAGCUGCAGCUCGGCUAGCAAGUGCAACACCACCUCCUGCUCAUGUUCUGAGCCGAGGCAUUGGAUUGCAGGGUAUUGGUAUCUUACUAGAUGGGCUUUUUGGCACCGGGACUGGCUCCACUGUUUCUGUGGAGAAUGUUGGGCUUCUCGGGUCGACAAGAGUUGGAAGCCGCAGGGUCAUUCAAAUAUCAGCUGGUUUCAUGAUAUUUUUCUCUAUGUUGGGGAAAUUUGGAGCUUUGUUUGCUUCUAUUCCAUUCACAAUCUUUGCUGCUGUACAGUGUGUUCUCUUUGGUCUUGUUGCGGCAAUAGGGCUAUCCUUCUUGCAGUUCACUAACAUGAACUCCAUGCGAAACCUCUUCAUCACCGGCGUCUCUAUCUUCCUUGGCCUAUCCAUCCCCCAGUACUUCUUCCGCUACACCGCAAGCGCUCAGCAUGGUCCUGCCCACACUCGGGCUGGAUGGUUUAAUGACUAUAUCAACACAAUCUUCUCAUCUCCACCAACUGUUGCAUUGAUCGUAGCCGUGUUUCUCGACAACACACUCGAUUUCAAGGACACGGCUAGAGAUAGAGGCAUGCCAUGGUGGGUCAGAUUUCGAACUUUCGAGGGAGAUAGCAGGAAUGAGGAGUUCUAUACUCUUCCCUUCAACCUUAAUCGUUUCUUUCCUCCAUCUUAAGGGAUAAAAUCUAAUGAAGUGACUCAGAUUGUUGAGCAGAGGAUGAUACAUACAAUGCAGGUAGAUGCUAGCCAAAUUUCUAGUGUGGUAUAUUUGCGUGGGUGUCUAGUCAUUGUAUGUAUAUUUUAAAUUCGGUUGAGCAAUAAAGCUGGUUAUUUUUUCUAA